AUAGAGGAUGAGUGUAAAUGUUGCAGUUAGAGCCACAUAUGCCGUUGUCGUGGGUAGAUGUGUCAAUUGAAAUGAGAAAAUUUCCCAAAAGAAGCAUAUUGAAAGACAGUUAUAGAGUGUAUCGGAAGAAAAAUGGUUGACAGACCGAUGGAGAGUGAAAAUGUGAGCGUCUUUGUGACAGAUAAUUCUCUUACGUGCCCGGGCCCACAGCCCUUGUCCGAGGUCGCUGUUGAUGAUGUCACUGAAGUUGAAGGGCGCCCAGGGACCAGACGAGCCCCUCGUGCAGAAAAGAGGGGGUCGGAGGAAAUGGACGAGGGCUCAUCAGGGGAAAACGGAGUGUCGGGGAAGAAAAAGCAUCGGCGCAAGCGCAAAGCCGGUAAACACCACAAUAAUCGCAAGUGGAAGCCGUACAAUAAGUUGAGUUGGGAAGAAAGGAAGGCGUUGGAAGAUCGCGAAGCCGUGCGUGCCAACCAGAAACGCCAAGAUCGCUUCAACUCUGGGCAUCCAGUCGCCCCUUACAAUACCACGCAGUUCUUAAUGGAGGACCACGAAGAUCCAAAUAUAAAAAACUUAGAAGAAGAUGAAACCCUUAUCCAACAAAACAGACAGAAUAGCAACAAUUCUAUGAAUUCCUACAGUCAAGAUUCAUCGGACGAGUAUUUCUACGACUCGCCAAACGACGAGGAAAUUUUUCUUGCGAAAGAUUUCACUGAAACUUAUGACAAUAUUCACGCCGAGAGACUGGAGAGCAUGAGCAAAGGGGAACUUGUCCGUGAGUAUCUUGCAAUGGAAACAAAACUUGAACAGAUGGAGAAAAAAGUUAAGCGUUUAGAAUCCGUGUCACCUUUGGAAGAAACUGGAAGUACAACGAGUAGUAAUGGAAGGACAGAGACAGAAAACUUUGCAAAUAAUAACCAGACCGAUUUGUUAGCUGAUGAUAAUGACAGAGUCCCCCAAAUUUCUGCAUCCAAACUAAAGUCACCAGAAAUUAAUGAUUAUAACAGAUUGCAGCAGGAAAUUCGCCAACUACGUGAAGAAAACUGUCAACUUGCUAGAGAAAAUAAAGGUCUAAGUACCCAGGACUCGUGUACAUAGUAAAAAUGGGUAUUGUUAAGUCUUUGGUUGUUAAGAUCAUGUUGAAAUGUUAGGCCAGUUUUGUAGUAUGAAAACAAGUAGGUUAUUGUUUGAUGGUGCCAGCAGUUUUAACACCUGAUAAUAAGGCUCAAGAUACACAGAAGCAGUAUAUUUUCUGUCAGCUUGUUCAUUUGAGCAAUCAAAUUUUAAUAAGGAGCUUAUGCCCUUUAAAGUGGUUUGCCCAGUUAAUUUUUUUUUUUUUUUGCCAUUAAGAAUAGUUACCAUGUUUUAUGAAAGCUGGUUAAAGUGCCUCAAUUUUUGUUCAAGAAAGUUAAAAAGCUGUUUUAUAAAGUGAGUGGGGCAUAGCCUUGUUGAGCUGUAAUUGUAUCAGUAAAUUGCAGAAAUUUGCAUCUACAAUCUUGCUUCUGUUUCUAUUUUAAGCCUUGUUGUUUUGGUCAAGGGCAGUGUGUAAGGAAUCCACAGUACGUUGAUCUAGGUAGCAUUGGCAAGUGGGAUGUUUUGAUGGCAAAGGGAGUUUUUUUUUUUUUUUCUUCAAAAAUGUUACCUGAGGAUUUGCAUGAAACGGGCUGAGAAAUUAACAUUCCCAUCAUGUAUCACUUACACUGCAUUGAACUGGUUCUAGUCCAGUGGGGUUAUUUUUAUGAACAAACCCAAGACUGUCUGUAACAGUUACAUUAACAUUCCUGAAGUAGUCUGUUCCCUUGAUGAUAAUACCUUUGUUAAUGGAACACAUCCAUGGUCGUUUACUGAGCUAGGUACAUCAUCAUUUGGGUAUAAUUAAGAGUGGAAAGAAGAAAAAUCUAUUCUGUUUAAUCAAUGGGGGGCUGAUACUAAUGCCUUGGUGUAGUAUGCUGAGCAAAUCUGGUUUUGCAGAAUGUGGUAACAUAAAGAAAAUGCACUAUUGAUUUUACUGGGAUCUGUAAAUGAAAGUGGUAUGACAAAGUGGAUUAUAUACAUUCAAGUCUUUAGAAAUUGUCUGUGUAAGCAGAGCCAGCAAGAGGAUUAUUUGCAGUUUUAAUGAAAAGGUUUGUGGGUCCUUAGUAAUGACAGUGUGUAUGAAAGAUAUAAACUGAUUUAUUAUAAGGGGGUGAAUCAUUUAUACUGCAGCAAAAUCUAGUCAGUUUUCCCCUUAGUGUUUUAUAAAAAAGCAAGGAAUUUCCUUGCGAUCAAGCUCUUUUUAAACAUCUCAUAUCUAAAAUGUUUAAUGAUUAUAUUAUAAUGUUAUAUAAUUGAUAUGAUAUUCUACCAUGUUCGAGUAAUUUUUGACUAUUUUUUUGUGGUUGUUCAAUCAAAGUGUAUGUCCCCGUUGCAUCAAUCUUUGCCUGUACAAUCCUGACUAUUCUAGUGCAGAUGUUGCCCAAUUAUCUGUUUUUAAACGGGCCAUUAUACCAAGUUUAAAUGGAUGAAGUUUUAACCCAUUUGUAUGAUUGAUUUUGAAAUUACAACCAGUAUUUAUAUCAAAUUCUAACAAAUUCUCCUCUUAUUUUGGACUCUGAUUUUUCUGUGGUCAUUUUACAAUUAUUAUUUCGUUGGCUGUUAAAAUUUUAUUUUGGUGCUGAAAAUCAGUUUAUAGCCACCGAAGGCUACAGGAAUAAUAAAACUUUAGGCAGUAAUAUUGAUUUAUAUAGAAAAAAAAGGGUCACGUGCACCCAAUUUAUCAGUUACCAGAUUUAGGCAGCACUGCGUGAACUAAAAUACGUUAAAAACUGGAUGUCACGGUACCUGUCAUCAGAAGAUGCAGGUUUGAUGAAUGUUCACAUUAUAUUAAACACAUUUGUUUCCCCCGUGGAAACGAGGCAGCUAUUAGUUAUGUGGGGAAGUGCACUGGAGAUACGUGACCUAGUCCG